CUGGUGCUGGAUCACCCCACCCGCAACGGGCCGGCGGUGGAGAGCGAGGUGCUGGAAAUUGAGGAUGAGGGCGAUGCUCCUGCGGUUCCCUACCUUUUGAGCCACUGCGAGCUGCUGCUGCGCGUCCGGCGCUUGGCGGCAGUGCUGAGGCCACGCUUGGACUUGGACGCGACGGUGGCGGUGUGUCUGCAACGGACGCCAGCCUUGGUGGUGGCGCUGCUGGGGAUCCUCUUUGCAGGUGCUGCCUACCUCCCCUUGGAACCAACGCACCCGGGCGCGCGGCUGCGAUUUCUCUUGGAGGAUUCCCAGGCGGCGUGCCUGGUGACCUGUUGGUGCGCCCGGCGCCGAAACCUGAUGCCGGAGGAGAAGCUGAUCCGCGUUACGGCCAUUGAUGGUCGGCUACUGAGUCCCCUGCCGGGCGAUGCUGAUGCCACCGUGGCUGCGGCGUUUCUUCCGGAGGGACGCCCGGAGCGGCCGGCCUAUCUGAUGUACACUUCUGGCAGCACGGGGACGCCCAAAGGCGUUUUAGUGCCGCAGCGCAGUGUAUUGAACGUGCUGCACUCCUUCCACUCGAUGAUUGGCGGUGGGCUGCAGAAAUUGGUGGCCACCACCACCUACUGUUUCGACAUCUCGGUGCUGGAGAUCUUCUGGCCCCUCUGCUUUGGCUUUUCCCUGUUCCUGGCGUCGGCAAACACCGCCAGGAACGGGGCAAAGUUGGCCGGCUUGUUGGAAAGCCAGGAGGUGGAGUUGCUUCAGGGCACGCCUGCCCUGUGGCGCUCGCUGGUCUCCGCGGGCUACCAGGGACAUGGAGGCUUGUCGGCGAUUUGCGGCGGAGAGGCCUUCCCUCCAAGCUUGGUGGAGCCCCUUCAACAUGCGGCUGGCCGGGGGCUGUGGAAUGCCUAUGGCCCAACGGAAGCCACGAUUUGGGCCACGACCUAUGCAUUGAGCACCAGCUCCCAAGCGCGGCUGUCCGUGCCCAUUGGCCUGCCGCUGCCCAAUGUGCAUGUGGCGUUGGAGGCAGAAGCAGAUGGAACUGGUGAGUUGUUAGUCGGGGGGGUCCAAGUGGCCCUGGGCUACCACCAUCGUCCUGAGCUGACUGCUGUGAGCUUCAUGGAGGAAGAUGGUAUCAGAGUUUACCGCACCGGUGAUUUGGCACGCUUGGGGGAGGAAGGGCUGGAGUUCUUGGGGCGGAUGGAUCAACAGGUGAAGUUUCGCGGUUUUCGCAUCGAAUUGGGCGAGAUCGAAGCGGACGGUUCUGCGGGAGAUGUCUCGGGCAAAGUCGUCGCGCUGUACUUCUCAGCACAUUGGUGUCCACCCUGUCGCGGCUUCACCCCUGCCCUGAAGCAGUUUUACGACGUCGUGAAGGAAAAGGGCGAGAAUCUGGAGAUCAUCUUCGUCUCCGCCGAUAAGAGCCCAGCAGAGUUCCAGGAGUACUUCCAAAACCACCACGGUGAUUGGCUGGCGGUGGACUUCAAGGCCAAGAAGGAGAGGGACGAACUGUCCCAGCACUUCAGGGUCGAAGGGAUCCCAAGUCUGAUCAUCUUGGAUCAUAAGGGCAAGGCGAUCGACAGCAUCGAGGGGCGUAAUGACGUGGCGAGCGCCAAAAGUCCAGAGGAUGUGAUGAGCACCUUCGCCAAGUGGCGGAAAGCGGCGGGCGAUUGGCGAGAGACUGCGGGAACGGCCCUGGGUGGCAGCGGUGCGCCCGCCGCCAGCGACCCGGCCGCGCUGCGUGCUGCGCGCCUGGCGGCGUUGGAGAAGAGGGGGGCCUAA